UUCUGCGCCAACUUGUCCAUGCCUCGUCUUCCUCUCAAAACAAACACAAACAACUGCAAUACCCCUUCCAACAAGUCUUUACCUCUCUUCUCAGAAGGAAUUCUUCGUUUUUCUCUUCUUCUCCACACUGCUUGUUUACCCCCUUUACUGCUUAAUAGCUCUGUUAUCACACCAUGGGCGAAACCGGAGCUGCAACCUACGGCAGCAGCGCAGGUAGCGGCGUCGAUAAAGGCAAAGGCAAAGCAGUGGACAACCACCUGGCUGAUGAUAUCAGCAUGGGUGAGGAUGAGGAGAGCUCUUCCGAUGAGAGCACGGCUGAUUUGACCGUCGAUGAAGACGAAGAGGAUGUAGGACAAGACAACCUCGAACCCAUAUCCGCCGAGAACAUCAUCGGCGAUGGCCGACGCACCCGUGGCAAAACGAUUGAUUUCGCAGCCGCCGCGAAAAAAGCGGAAGAGGACGGUGAGCCGAUUGGCGAGGACGAUGAUGACGACGAUGGAGAUUUCGAGGCUCACGAUGAUAGCAACAUCCGCGAUGAUGUCGAUAUGAUGAAAGACUGAAAAUAGAAAGAAAAUGAUAACUAUAGAUAGUUGUGAAUGAAAAUGGAGAAAGAAAAAAAAAUAGUCAAAGCAAUAAGGGGAAGCAAAAGGACCAUCUGAUUAGGUUUGUUUAAUAAUGAUUCAAUGAAUGAAAUACAAUCAAAAUACAAUAAAUAAAUAAAUAAAUAAAUAAGAAGAAAGACUUGUGUGCUCAUUUU